AUGAAUUUGGAGGAUCCUGGAAAUUGGAAUAGCAUUGAUCAAAAAUUGAGAGAUUACUUAAUUGAAAUGGGUCCAAAAAGAGUGAAUGAUUUUUUGUUUCCUAAGGAUAGUAGCAAUAGGCAUUUUGAUUUAUCACAUUAUACACGGUUGUUCAAGACUGAACAAAUGAUGAGUAGAAUGGGGAAUUUGGAUAAUGAUGGAUACAAAGACUGGCGUAAUAUGCAUAGAAGUCUUAAACAACAUGAAGCUAGUAGAGACCAUAUGGAUUGUAUGAUUGCUUGGGUUGAAUUAGAAAAGUGGCUGGAAAACAAUCAAACAAUUGAUUAUAGUAUGCAACUUCAAAUCAACAAAGAAAGACAACAUUGGAAGCAAGUGUUAACAAGAAUAAUUUCCAUUGUGAAAACACUUGCCAAAAAUACUUUGGCAUUUCAAGGGGAUGAUGAGAAACUUUAUGUCGGGAACAAUGGGCUAUUUUUGCAAAUGAUAGAAAUGGUUGCUGAGUUUGAUCCAGUGAUGGAGGAGCAUGUUCGAUGUUGUGAAGCAAAGGAAUCUCAAUAUACAUAUUUUAGUCCAAAAAUUCAAAAUAAACUAAUAGAGACUUUGGCAAAUGAAGUGAAAAGGGCAAUCAUUGCAAAAGUUAAACAUGCAAAAUAUUUUUCAAUAAUACUUGAUUGUACUUCAGAUGCAAGUCAUCAAGAACAAAUGUCUCUAGUGCUACGAUAUUUGGAUGAUUCAACGGACACACCAAAAGUAGAAGAAUAUUGGGUUGACUUUUUGAAGGUGGAUGACACAUCAGGUCUUGGGUUAUUAAGUGAACUUCUAAAUGUGUUAACUAGAGUUGGGCUUGACAUUGAUGACAUAAGAGGACAGGGGUACGACAAUAGGUCUAACAUGAGUGGAAGACACAAAGGUGUACAAAAAAGAUUGCUUGAAAUAAAUCAGAGAGCCUUUUACACACCAUGUGGUUGUCAUAGUCUCAAUUUGGCCUUAGUUGAUACGGUGGAAUGUUGUCCUAAAGCCAAAUCCUUCUUUGGAGUGGUGCAAUGCAUCUACACAUUGUUUUCUUCCUCUACAAAGAGAUGGAAAAUUUUUAAAGAUAAGGUGUCUGGUUUGACUGUUAAGCCAUUGUCACAUACCCAUUGGGAAAGUCAUGUUGAAAGUGUUAAAGCCAUAAAAGAGCAAAUUGUAAAUAUAAGAGAUGCUUUACUUGACUUGGCAGAAGUUGCUGAAGAUUCUAAAACAAAGAGUGAUGCGGAGACCUUAGCACUAUAUGAUCUUGAGAGUUUUGAGUUCUUGCUUGGAAUGCACCACAAGCAGUGGUGGGGGCGCUACACCUAUGUCAUGUCUGCCGCCCUCGACGCCGGCACAAGCUUCAUGGGCGUCGUCGCCUUCUUCGCUCUCGGGAACUAUAACAUCUACUCCGUCAACUGGUGGGGAGGCGUCACCGAAGACUAUUGUCCCCUCGCUAAAUGCCCCACCGAGCCCGACGCCUACAUCCCCGAGGGAUGUCCUGAACUUCAUUGA